AUGGCCUCCGAUACCAAGUUCGACCAACACCUAGAAGAGGGACUGCUGCCUGCCGCUGCCAACGAGAAGGGGAUUUUGACCACAACUUCGAGACCGUCCAGGACGCCAAACAAGAUGACCGCCACCCGCCGUACCCUGCUCGCCGUCCUGGUGUGCGGCCUGAUGACCCUCAGUCUCGCCUCCGCCAUCGGUCACCGAGCGAAGCCUUGCACGAGAGAUCACCAGGAGCAAGUUCUCGUUGCGGAGGGUGAAGUCCAGAAUCCCGCCAAAGUGGAUCUUGUUCACAAGCUGCUUCAUGCCUACUUUCCCGAACGCUACCAGGACGGUGUCUACCCCUCGGACAAGGAGGCCAUCGCUGCUUUCGAGACGGAUGAUGCCGAGUUAGCUUCUGCUCUGGGCCAGCUGGCGAAGCGUCAGGACAAUGGUACGACGACUGCUCCGUCUGCCACCUCAACGCCUUCUUCGCUCACUGAAGCUGCUGAUUCUUCGUCCGUCUCAUCGGCGCAGCCCACAAGUGCAACUCCAACCCCGACCCCGACUCCUACCCCGACUCCUACCCCGACUCCCACGCCGUCUCCAUCUCCUCCGGCCACAAGCUCCACCCCUGCCCAGGAGACCACCUCCGCCUCGGUGCAGUCCAACACUCAGCAAGAGACCUCCACCACCGCUCAGUCAUCGGAACCUGCACCCACCACCCCCACCACCCCGGCAACGUCAGCAACACCUCCUACUUCUGUCCCCUCCGACGACCAGUGGGUCUCCUUCUUCUUCUUCUUCUUCCCCUCCCCCUUCUUCUGCCCCCUCGUCCGCUCCCACGACGGCCUCGCCGGGGUCCUCGAGUGUGUCCACGCAGGGUACGUCUACUUCCCUUUCUGUCGAGACUACUGCGGUUGUGACGACCUCGUCCCCGACAAUCUCCUCUUCGCCCGUGUCGACCGCGUUGUCGAGUGUUCAUCCACGGCCACUCGCGCCUCUCCUCGGACUACGUCUUUCAGCGAGGUUCGGACCACUUACACAUCGACCGCCUCCAACGGCGACGUUGUGCUCGUGACGGCGACGUCCUUUGUCGCGGUGAACCCUGAACCGGCUGCCACCGAGUCUUCCGAGUCCGGCGGUGGCGGCGGCGGCUUGCAGAACGCGGCCUCCCCAAUUGGCAGUAUUUCGUUUGCUCUGCCGCUCUCCUUCGCCGCCUUUGUCGCCGGCGCUAUGCUCCUGCUGUAG